GGCGACCGUAGCCACGGUGCAGGCGAACGCGGUUACGCUCCACGGCAGGUCAAUCGCGUCACCGCAUCUAUUUCCCUUUCUUCUUUCUUCGUAUCUCAUCUUCUCCCCUUUUUCGGGGGCAACGAUAACGGAUACGUCGACGACAGAGUCGGGGACAGAGUGAUACCGCGUGGUAGUAGUAUAGUAGCACAAGUAUCGUUCGCGGAUAGUAGUGAAAAACGUGGAUCAAGCCGACGAAUUACCGCCGAGUGAACGAUCUCCUCUUUCGCGCGACCGUGAAACAGUCUUUUUUUUUUCUUCCUUCAGCCGGUCGACCAUCGAGAGCUGGCAUCAGCUCCGUCGGCUUACGCUGAACGUUCCGCGAGAGAGGUGAGAGUGCUUUGACAGCGAACGGGUUGAGCCAUUGGAAACGUGCCUCUCUUGACAUCCCGGAAAAGGUCGUGGAAUUCGGAUCUCUUUCUCGCCGCGAACAUCUCUCCGUCCUGUUUCCUUCGCGCGAUCUUCAUUCAAGUACAUUCUUCUUUCAAGAAUCCCUAGCACCAGGCCGCUUUGUUGACAGCCUGGCACUUUUGGCACUUUUGUGAAGCGUGUCAGAUAUUAAACCGAUUAAAAUCUUACAUUCGUUUCCACGUCCGUCUCUACCUACCGUUUCUCCGUUCCCCGGUUCCUGCUUUCUUUACCCCCCGGUAAGCGUUAAUGGAAGUGUAACGCGCGAAACGCGCCCCGCGCCGGUCAUUCUCGCGCCCGUUUUCCGGGAGUGAGAGGACAAACACCUUCUGAGAAAGGAGGAGGUUCGAGGCUCGUUUCGAAGGACAUUUGUUGUGCGCGCCGGCGUGGGCGGAGGAUCCCCGCCAAGUGCAAUGUCGAAUUUUUAAAAUUCGAGACAAGUGCGCCGUUUGGUUCGGGAUUACCGAGGAAGGAUAAGGAAUCGCGCGGAAUGUCGCAUCAAGUGUCCUGGUAGUGCGAAGGGUGGAGGUGGAUUGGUGGCGGAGGAUCCGCCGAUCGCCGAAGGGAUCUCGAAAAACCGAGAAGAAGACAGAAGGAACGCGCUUGUUCGCGCCGCGAUAUCACCAGGGUGAUAAUCAUGCUCGAGGAUCAACCGUUGGAUCUGAGCGUACGCGUCGGCGACUACGCGGAGCUCAGCAGGGAGGACAAGGACGAGCAGGAACAGCGGGAGCGGAAGGAUCUGCUGCCCGUCGACGACUACGGGAACGAGGCGGCCGCACUUAGGCUGCGGGGAUGCUUCGCCACCGCGUCCGAGUACAGCCAGGAGCGGGAGGAUCGGACUUGCUCCGAGGACUCCGACGACUCCUGCUCCGAUAACAAUCAACAAACAAAGGACGGCGGUGGUGGCGGCACGAGGUCGCGGUCCAGGCCGCCUGGCACCAAACCCUACAAGAAGAACCUCAUGAGACGAUACCUGGACACCAGGGAAGUCCAACCGCACGACCCGAGCGAGAAAGAACAGCUAGGCCUCGCAAGCGUAAAAGUGGAGCCGGGAUCCACCAGCGCGACGACUACUAGUAGCACAGGGACUCGUCUGCUCCACGGUAUCCUCUCCCAACAUCCCCAACAGCAUGGCCUGGGGCUGCAAAACGGAUACGGCCGACACUUAGCCGGUCACGCACAGAUGGGCCAACCGCCUUAUACCACUGCCGCUAUCGCCACGACAAGUACGCCAGGAAGCGGAUCACUGCCAGCGAGCCCAGCGGACAGCGGAGUCAGCGACGUCGAGUCCAGCACGUCCUCCGGCGGCAACGAGGACGCGAAUCUCUUACUGAAAGCAAGGCUCAAUCCUAAUUCGUCCCUCCAGCCGAGUCUGGCGUCUCAUCACUCCCAUCUGUCGUCGGCAGCACUCGGCAGAUCGGCCUGCCACAGCCCCGGUGUGUAUCCGGGGUCGACGGCAAGCUUCCUGUCGCCCACCUAUCAUCCUCAUCAGCAUCCUAUCACCUCCCAGUAUCAUCCACAUCGGGGGAGUUCGCCACACCAUCAGCACAGCAAUCAUACUAUGGGUCCAACGAUGGGACCGCCCCACCACCACCAUCAUCAUCAAGCGCAGGGUCUCCAGCAUCACUUGCAUUACCGUCAACCAUCCUCACUAUCCGACAGCUACAACAGUUAUAUAAACAUGUAUGGCGGAGGUGGGCAGUUUGCGACCCCCUGUACCCCGAGUCCACCGCGGGGACCCGGCGGUGUACCCACCAGCGUGAUCCAAGCGGCUACUAGUUCGGUCUCGGACGAUCUCUACCUUCUCGAGCUCGGCUUCCCGUCGCGCUCGAAGAAGAACAAGCUGAAGAAACCGCGGCAGGGUGGCGAGGGUGGAGCCGCGGUGAAGCGGAAGUCGCGCGAGGGUUCGACUACGUACCUUUGGGAAUUCCUGCUUAAGCUGCUGCAGGACCACGAAUACUGUCCGCGCUACAUCAAAUGGACGAAUCGCGAACGGGGCAUCUUCAAGCUGGUCGAUAGCAAGGCGGUCUCACGACUUUGGGGGAUACACAAGAACAAGCCGGACAUGAAUUACGAGACGAUGGGCAGAGCACUGCGCUAUUACUAUCAGCGCGGCAUCCUGGCGAAGGUGGACGGCCAGCGGCUGGUCUACCAAUUCGUCGAUGUGCCGAAGGACAUCGUCGAGAUUGAUUGUACGGGCGCAUGAGACAGGGAGUCGGCCCGUCCCGCGGGGCACGAGAGGGAGAAGAAGGAAGUACAACAAGUACAGCAGCACAGCGUCUCGGCGCGGGCCCCGCGCGGACGUCGACCACCGUUGUCGUUGUCGUUGUCGUUGUCGUCGCUGUCGCUGUCGCUGUCGCUGAUGCGACAUCGCGGACCCGUCGCGGGGCCCCAUCCGCGCGAAAGGUCGCCGUUCAGCGGUUCUCUUUGUCGAGACGCGCCGACCUGGCACAUCCCUCAGAUAUUGUAAAGCGUGCGUCCUCUUUUUCUCCUUUUCUUUUUUUUUUCUCCCUCUCUUUCGCUGUCUGUCUCUCCCUACCCGCUUCUCUAUCCCUCUCUAUUUUCGUCUUUCUCUCUGGCUUCGUUUGUUCCUUGUAUUAUACCUAUGUAAAUGUAUAUUAAGGCGCCGCGUGACGAUGUCGUCGGAGGUGGUCCCAACCCAGUACCUCGUCCUUCUCUUGCGGCCCAUUUUUUUUUCGCGUGUCCGAAUACCGUGUAGGAUCGGAACAGAACGGCGCCCGACUCGUUGAAAUUUGUACAAAAUUUAGUUCUUAACGCGUCGAGAAUGGAAACUAAAGAUUUUAUCUGGUGUACCUUGCGGGAGGGACACUAUGGACAAAUUACUUAAACCGCGAAGCACCGGAAAGCGAAAAAUUGUAUAUUCGAAAGAGCGACAAAUUAUUUAUUGUAUAUUAGACAUUUAUAUAUGUUACCUAAGAAAAUUGUUACGCGCGUGAUCUGCGCAAAUGGAAAAUGUAUGGAAAUGGACGAAAGUUAUAAAAAAAA